AUGUUCUUCGUUAUUAUCUUUAUUUGUUUAUUGUGUCCUUUUGUUACGGCGCAAGUAUCUAAUGAUAAUGAUUAUGCUUUAGAAGCAUUUUCAGGAAUUGAAAUUAUAGGAAAUUUUAUUAUUUUCCUUAUUAUUAAAAAAGAGAAAACAGAACCCAAUCCAUUAGAAAUUUUAGAAAAAAAAUUUGAAAAAAAGUUCAAAGGGGAAAUUUAUGACCUUAAAGAAACUCUCAAAAAAGCUGUCAAAACACAAAAUGAACAAAUUCGAACUUUUGAAAAUAGCAUUAAAACACAAUUUCAAACUCUUAAAACUCUUCAACAAACCCUUGAAUAUAAGUUUAAAUUACAAAUUCAAAAUCUUAAAAAAUACUUUGAUGAAAGUAUUCAAAUACUUGAAGAAAUUCAUGAAUCAAGAUGGAAAAUUUUUACCCAAUUUUUUGCUCAAAUCAUUCAAAUCAUUCAAAUCCUUAAACAAUUUUUUGAUGAAUAUAUUAAAACACAAAUUCAAACUCUUGAAAAUAUUUUUCUCACUAAAAGAGAAUAUGAACCAAAAUUUCAAACCCUUAAAAAAAAAGUUAAAACCCUUGAACAAAUAGUAGAUCCAUCAUCACAAAAUAAAACACCGAUAGAUAAGGUAAACACAUCGGAAUCAGCUUCUAGUGAUAUAGAGGGAAAGUUGAAUAAAGUUAAAUUAGAGUUUAAUGAAGCUAAAUUAAAGUUUGCUGAUAGUGAUAUAGAUGGAAAGUUUAAUAAAGCUAAAUCAGAGUAUGAUGAAGCUAAAUCAAAAUUGAAUAAUGCAUUUGAAGAAAAUUUUGAUAAUACACAAGAGUUGAAACUUCAAGAAAAGUUGAAACUUCAAGAAGAGUUGAGACUUAAAGAAGAGUUGGAACUUCAAAAAAAGUUGGAUGGUAUGUUUCAGGAUGUAUAUAUAAUUCAAGGAAAGGAUGAUAUAUUUCAAGAAAAGGAUGAUAUAUUUCAAGAAAAGGAUGAUAUAAUUCAAGGAAAGGAUGAUAUAUUUCAAGAAAAGGAUGAUAUAUUUCAAGGAAAGGUUGAUGAAGGAAAGUCAAGUAAAAAUUUUAACAAAGAAAAAAUUUUUAUUGAGAUGUUACGCUUAGCAGCAAAGUUCACAGCUUUAACUUUUUUUGGAAUUAUACUUUGCUUUUUACUAAAUGAUUUAAAAGAAAAUAUUACACAAAGUUUUGUCAUGUCUUCGGUUAUUUCUGCUUCUCUUAUAUUUAUUAUUCAAUUUACGAUAUUAAUAACAGCAUAUCGUAGAGAAAAAUUAGAAGUAUAUAUUGAGAAGCAAGAAAUUUAUAAUAAUGUAGUAUCUAAAUAUUAUGCUUAUUUUAGCAUUAUUGAAGAAUUUGUAAGCAUAAAUGUACUUUAUUUACCUUCCUUAAUUAAUUAUUUUCUUUUACAAACUCCAAAUAUUUUCAAUAAGAUAUUUCUAAAUUUAAGCGCUUUGUUAGUUACUGUUUGGAUUAUGGUAAUGUAUAAAUCAAUUUUAAAAAAUGAAGGAAUGAACGAAAAGAAAGUGGAGAAGAAAGAGAAGGAUAACGUAGCAUGA